UGAAAGGAGUAAAUUCUUUUAAAUAAAACGUUGAAAUAAAUCAUUGUGGGGGUGACCCCAGCUAGAUGCUCAACAGGUAAUCCAAAAACUUUUUCCACCAAACUUUUUUAGGCUGCCAUGGAAAUGACUCAGAUCAGGCUCAGUAGAAGGCUGGCAAGGCAAGUAAAGAAGAGAAAGGAAAAUUAAACAAAAAAUGGAAACCCCACCUGAAAAAAAUAAAAACUUUGUAGUGAAUUCUUAAACCCCAGAAAAAAAAUUAGGGCCAAAAAAGGGAAUGGAUGAGAGAGAAAAGAGAAGAAGAGAAGGGUUUUUUUAAGGAGGGGAAAUGGAAAAAGGGGAAGUGAAGAGUGGGGAAGGGGGAGCAGAAAAGGAGGAAAAUUUGGGAAAAAGGUUAAGGAGAGAGGUUUUGAUAGGGAAAAGAUGUGGACCUUGCACUCCAGUGCCUUCAUGGAGGAUUUGGGCUCCUCCUCCUCAAGAGACCAUCAUUAGCCAAACACACCCUUUUUAUCAUAAUUCUUGUUUUUCUUCUUCUACUCCUUCUAUCUCUGCCAGAAAGCUAGCGGCGGCUCUUUGGGAGUUUCAUCAAUACCUUCCACUUUCUAAAAUGCACAGAGCUUCCAAUAAUGGCGUUUCUAAUGGUGAUCCAGCUGAUUCAAGGCUCAUCCGCCGCCGCUACUUUCAUCAUCAUCACCACUCUCAUAAGGACAAAACCCUUGACCUUUCCAAUUUUCUUGGUGAUCCUUGCCCCAGCUCUCCUGAACAGCCAACAAGUGCAAGCAGUUUAAGGAGGCAUGUUGCUGCAUCAUUAUUGCAACAUCAUCAAUCACUUGAACGGAGCAAUCAAGCUCUUCAACCUGUAUCUCCAAGCUAUGGAAGCUCCAUGGAGGUGGCACCUUAUAACCCUGCAAUGACUCCUACUAGUUCUUUGGACUUCAAGGGAAGAAUGGGUGAAUCACAUUAUAGUCUCAAGACAUCUACAGAACUCCUAAAAGUACUUAACCGAAUCUGGAGUUUGGAAGAGCAACAUGCGUCGAAUAUAGCUUUGAUAAAAGCAUUGAAAACGGAACUCGACCAUGCUCAUGUGAAGAUGAAAGAGAUGCUUCGACAACGACAAGCUGAUCGCCGUGAGAUGGAUGAUUUAAUAAAGGAAAUUGCAGAAGACAAACUAGUUAGAAAAAACAAGGAAGAAGAUCGUAUCAAGGCUGCAAUUCAGUCCGUGAGAGAUGAACUUGAAAAUGAGAGGAGGUUGAGGAAACGAUCCGAGAGUCUACAUAGGAAGUUUGCAAGAGAUCUCUCUGAGACAAAAUCUUCUCUUGUAAAUUCUCUGAAUGAGAUAGAAAGAGAAAGAAAGUCUAGGAUGUUAUUAGAGGAUCUCUGUGAUGAAUUUGCCAGGGGUAUAAAACACUACGAGAACCUGGUGCAUUGCUUAAAACCAAAAUCCGACAGGAUCACAGCUGGAAGAGCCGACCUUGAUGGUUUAAUUCUCCAUAUUUCAGAAGCUUGGCUUGAUGAAAGGAUGCAGAUGCAGCAAGAACACAAUGAGACCAACAUCGGUAAGUCUGUUGUCGAGAAACUACAACUUGAAAUAGAGAGCUUUCUUGAAGCGAAACGAAAUGAUACCAAGAAUGAUCAGUUGUUAAAAGACCGCCGGAGUUCACUUGAGUCAGUCCCAUUGCAUGAGGCUGCUAGUGCACCUCGAGCUGGGGACGAUGAAGAUUCUCAAGAUAGUGAUUCACAUUGUUUUGAGUUAAACAAGCCAAAUAACAACAAUACCAUAGCUCACGAAAACGAGAAUGCAGAAGAUCACAUUGACGAAACAGGAAAAUCAAACGAUGUGCAAAGGAAACUCGGGUCUCAUGAGAGGUCAAAAAGCCGUACUCCGUCCAGCUUGCAAGUAAGGUUUGAAGAACAGAUGGCAUGGGCGAGGUCUUGUAUUGGAAACAAGAAGGCCCAGUUAGUAAACAUAGAGCAAGACAAAGCCGAAGCACUGCAUGCUGAACCAAACAAACCUUCCAAGGCCGAGAACUGUCAAGAUGCUGAUAUUGGAAGUAACGAGAGAAGAAACAGUCACCACCCAAUCCACAGCUCGAACUCAAGCCACAUCCUGGACAGUCUUAUCAGAAAUCAACUCUCAUUGAAGGAUGGAGACAACGCCCAUCCUGAAGAUACUUAUGGCGAGGCCUCAUGCAGCAACUCAGGGUGGAGGAAUCAAGCAAGUCCAGUGAGACAGUGGACAGUAGCAGCCCCAGAGAUCAACACGACACAGUCAUCGUCUUUGAAAUUGCCUCCGGGACUAAAGGAGAACACUCUUCAUGCUAAGCUUCUCGAAGCAAGGUCAAAAGGGACUCGAUCACGGUUAAAACUUUUCAAGUGAUUUGUUUAUAUAACUGAGGAGACUUUGGUUGAUCUUGUGGUUUCUUAGCCUUGCUGGUGUAGGAAUGCUUCUUUUUUUGAGUGUUUUGAUAAUAUCACUCUCCUUUCAAUCCCUCUUUAUGGUAUCUCAAUGUAGUACAGUUUAACCUUCCACUUCAGCAAAAUGUAAGGAUUGGUAUAUUAGUUGGAGGAGCAAGUGUAAUGUUAUUACCUUUUCUUUUAAAUAUAGUUGCACGAUUUAAAUGGA